UUGUUUUUUGAAUUUCAUUUGAGGUUUACUCUUCUGAGUUCUGACUAACAAAACCUUGCCAUUCUCGAAAAAAUUAAAAAUAUAUGAAUGAAGUCUCAUUUUCACCCACCAUUCUGACUUUUCUUGAUUCAUUUCUUCGUUUGCAUUUUUGUAUUUCUUUCAGCGAAAAAGAAGAAUUAACUCCAAUGACCCGGCGUUUGACUUUUCUGUCACCAAAUUGCAAUAACUCGAACACCCCUCACUGUUUUUAGGACUCCGUUUUUUUUUACUUGAUCUUGAUGGGUCUAAAAUUCUCACUGCGUUUAUUCAAUCAAAACACAAAGAUCCUUGCAGAUUAUCAGAAUGGGGGAAGAUAUGUAAGGAUGAUGAGAUGCAAUUAACUGUUGGGAUGCACUGAAUUUGUGUUUUCUAAAAGACUUUGAAUUGAAAAACUAAUGUCUUCUGGUAAUAUCACUAUGAAUGGCCACAAAGAGAAUGAGAUUCAGCAGCAAAGCUCAGAAUUUGCUAGCAGGCAAAACACUGAAUCAAGUUCAGUAUCAAAGAGUGUGAAGGGAAAAGACCACAUUCAAGAUCAAGAAACCAUGGAACUUUAUUCGAAGGCUAAAUCACAAGAGAAGGAAAUUCAGUAUCUUCGGGAACAAAUUGCUCUUGCAAGUAUUAAGGAAUCACAGUCGUUGAAUGAGAAAUAUGCCCUAGAGAGGAAAUUUUCUGAGUUACGAAUGGCUCUGGAUGAGAAGCAAAAUGAAGCUAUAACUUCUGCGUCAAAUGAGUUGGCCCGCAGGAAAGGUGAUCUUGAAGUAAAUUUAAACUUGCUCAACGAAUUAAAGGUCGCAGAGGAUGAGAAACAUAUUUUUAUGUCAUCUAUGCUUGGGAUAUUGGGCGAGUAUGGUUUUUUGCCUCAUGUUACAAAUGCCUCUGCCCUCACCAACAGUAUAAAGCACUUACAUGACCAAUUGCAGUUGAAGAUAAGAACUUCACAUGCCAGAUUGCGAGAGUUAAAUUCCAUGAUUGGAAAUGAUGGUAGAAAUGUUUUCGACAAACGAAUUCCUACUACAACUUUCAUGAAUGAUCAACUCCCAAGAAGUUCUAUGGGAGGUCAUGGUUUUUCAGACUAUAACCCGUAUAUUGAGGGGCAACGUGGCAGUGAUACUACACGAAUGACGACGCCUGACACUGAUAGAAGUUUUGCAGGGCAUAAUGCGAUGGGUGAUGGAGUUGCUUCCUUUGGUUCUGAAGAAGAGGGUCCUGGAAUAGAUUCCUUUCAAAUAAUUGGGGAGGCUAAACCAGGAGGCAGACUUCUAGGCUGUGGAUAUCCUGUACGUGGAACUUCUCUUUGUAUGUUCCAGUGGGUUCGCCAUUAUCCAGACGGAACUAGACAGUACAUCGAGGGGGCCACUAAUCCAGAUUAUGUAGUAACAGCUGAUGAUGUGGACCAACUUAUAGCCGUUGAAUGCAUACCAAUGGAUGAACAAGGACAACAGGGUGAUAUUGUCAGAAUUUUUGCCAAUGAUGACAACAAGAUAACAUGUGACGAAGAGAUGCAAGAGGAGAUUGAUACUUAUCUUUCAGAAGGCCAGGCAACAUUCGGUGUCCAAACACUGAUUCAACAGUUAGAUUCUUCAGAGAACUGGGAGCCAACAACUAUAAUUUUAUGGCGCUGGGGCUUUCGGGUUAAGGUUGAGAAAACUCAAGCUAUGUUAAUUGAAGAGAAAUAUUCUGAAGACGUUUUGAUCAAAAUACCUGGUGGCCAUUCGGCACAGUUUGUUUUAACCUGUUCAAAUGGCUCGUCAUAUCCGUUCAGCACAAAUAAGGAUAUUCGGAUGAGAGAGACAAUCGUGCUGACGAUGAGAAUCUUCCAGAUCAAGGCAUUGGAUGAAAAGAGGAAGGGAAAAGCAUGAUCAGUAUGGUUCAUUAUAGAUGCAGGGUUUAUAGACGCAGUCUUUGUAGCUAUUCUUCAUUCUUUGUUGAAAAAUCAAAAAAGGCUAUAUUUUUAUAGCUACAUAUAGUUUUGUUUUGUACCCGAAUAUGUAGUGAAGUUAUAGCUCUUUCGUUUUCAUGUUUUGUUGCAACAAUUUGGUUGUACAGGAUCACAUUUUUGACCGAUGACACACAAAUUUUCAUUAGGUUAAGUAUUUCCAGCAGGUUAUUUAUCAGCGAUAUGCUUGUAUAGAAUUAUACUUCUCUUGUUCCCCCACAAUAUAUAAGUAUUCAUUGGCUUGUAUUA